AUGUCCCAUACUGGACACUCAAGGGGAGGGUGCAUCAAAAAAGGGCGUCGAUUGCCUCUCUUCGUUAACGAAAAGGUCAAUGCUUCGCCAGAUUCUGAGGCAUCGCAUCCUAUCAUCCUCUGUGUUGGUCCCGGGCCAGUUUCCGGAUCCCUUGAACGCCACCAGCGUUUCAGCUUCAAUGCCAAAAACCCAGAAAACAAAACAACUGUUGAGGCCAACAGCAAUAUUACCAUCACCCGAGACAAUGACGCUGGACUACCUGUACCAAAAUCUUGUGUCUUGCGCCGAGGACGUUUUGACAAGCGUAUUAAGCCCUCCGAUUUGCCCUGCUAG